AUGCAAGCAUCGGCUUCUGCAUCAGAUCCCACUCCCCCUCCGCCGGCGCAAUUUUCCGUCUUUGGCAGAGCAGCUGGAGUUUGCCGCCAGUGCAGAGCAUCCAAGACCCGCUGCGACAAGAUCCUGCCCAGCUGUAACCGAUGUGUGUCGAGAAAGGCUCGUUGUGUCUAUGGCCGGCGGAUAUCCACAAGCAACUCCGCUGGCGGAGUUUCUGCCGAAGACAGAGAAGAGGCACAGUUACCGCCCCAGGACGGUGAGACGGCUUGUAUCUUUGGAGCAUCUCUUGACACGUGCUACAAGUUAGUCGGAAUGAUAUCUGUUGCUCUGCUGAGUGGCGUUGAUGAUGCGGAGCAAGACGCUUUGCUUCUUCGGAUGGCAUUCAAAGCAAUGGGACUGACGACCGUGUCUGUUGUUCAGACGUACCGAAGAGCUGUUCAUGAUUGGUUUCCUGUUGUUUCCGAUGAUCAGUUCUCACAUUUCCUUGAUACUCACUCCCUUACAAACUGUCCUGCUAUUGAUGGGAUGCUGGUUCUGGCCAUGGGCCUGGUAGCUCAGCCGCCAUGCACACACCAAAGCCAUGGCAUUUGCAACAGUCUAUACAAAGCUGUGAAGCAGUCAUUCAUGCUCCUUCAGACAAGUGCGAGCCCUUCUAUACAGGUGCUGCAGAUUGGACUUCUGCUGUCACUGUUUGAAUAUGGCCAUGGUCUUGAUCAAGAAGCUGAGUUGACUGUAUCUGCUUGUACGGCGUUUUGCGACUCGCACAGGACGCUUUGCAUUGCUGGGGUUGAUGCCGACAGAGCAACGGACAAGGCAACUAUUUGUCGGAAAGCAGUUGUUAUCCUGGAUUGCCUAAUAGCAUUACCGACGCCUGCUACGAGCGAACGGACGCCGAAAGAGAGUAUCUUACAUGCAGUGGCAGUGAGCUGCCGUAGCAACGAUGGGAAGUUUGAGGAGAUUUGUGGUACCUCAUCCAACUUUGACGUGCUGUUCCACGUCGCAGGAGUCGUCCGAGAGGCCAUCCAUUACAUCAAAGAUGAAAGAAAGGGAAGCUCCCCAGCAAACUCGUAUAAUGUAGCUGAAUCACGUCUACGAAGCGUCUGCUACGCUCUGAUACGAGCCGCUGGGCCCAAUUCCUUCAUGUUCUGCGACAGCAUUGCACUCGCACUAAGGUAUGUGCAAUUGCUAUCCCUGACUUUUGACACCAACAUCAAACCUGACGCACACAAGCUUCCUAUUUGA